CCCAGGAUGCGGCUGGGCCGCCGGGCCCUCUGCGCGCUGGUCCUGCUGCUCGCGUGCGCCUCGCUGGGGCUCCUAUACGCGAGCACCCGGGACACGCCGGGCCUCCGGGCACCUCUUGCGCUCUGGGCGCCCCCACAGGGCCCCCCCAGGCCCGAGCUGCCAGACCUUGCCCCCGAGCCCCGCUACGCACACAUCCCAGUUAGGAUCAAGGAGCAAGUGGUAGGGCUGUUGGCUCAGAACAACUGCAGUUGUGAGUCCAGUGGGGGGGGCCUUCCCCUCCCUUUCCAGAGACAGGUCCGAGCCAUUGACCUCACCAAGGCCUUUGACCCUGAGGAGUUGAGGGCUGCCUCUGCCACGAGGGAGCAGGAGUUCCAGGCCUUCCUUUUGAGGAGCCAGUCCCCAGCUGACCAGCUGCUCAUAGCCCCUGCCAACUCCCCCUUACAGUACCCCCUGCAGGGUGUGGAGGUUCAGCCCCUCAGGAGCAUCUUGGUGCCAGGGCUGAGCCUGCAGGCAGCUUCUGGUCAGGAGAUAUACCAGGUGAACCUGACUGCCUCCCUGGGCACCUGGGAUGUGGCAGGGGAAGUGACUGGAGUGACUCUCACUGGAGAGGGGCAGCCAGAUCUCACCCUUGUCAGCCCAGGGCUGGACCAACUCAACCGGCAGCUGCAACUGGUCACUUACAGCAGCAGAAGCUACCAGGCCAACACAGUGGACACAGUCCGGUUCUCCACGGAGGGACAUGAGGCUGCCUUCACCAUUCGCAUAAGACACCCCCCCAACCCUCGGCUGUACCCGCCUGGGUCUCUACCCCAGGGAGCCCAGUACAACAUCAGCGCUCUGGUCACUAUUGCCACCAAGACCUUCCUUCGUUAUGAUCGGCUACGGGCGCUCAUCGCCAGCAUCCGCCGCUUCUACCCAACGGUCACCGUGGUCAUCGCCGACGACAGUGACAAGCCAGAGCGCGUUAGCGGGCCCCACGUGGAGCACUAUCUCAUGCCCUUCGGCAAGCUCCCAUCCAUUCAGAAACACUCCAAAGUUUGGAGAGAGGCACACGCUGUGGGGAGGGGCCCGGGGAGAGAAAGAAAGGUGGCGUUCGGGCACGUGCUAUAUUUACAGCUUCUCCAUCCACACACACUUGUCCCCCAGGGCUGGUUCGCAGGCCGGAACCUGGCCGUGUCCCAAGUAACCACCAAGUACGUGCUGUGGGUGGACGACGACUUUGUCUUCACGGCGCGGACGCGGCUAGAGAGGCUUGUGGACGUGCUGGAGCGGACGCCGCUGGACCUGGUAAGGGAGGGGCAGCGGGAUCCAUCCUCCCACUCCCCACAGGUGGGGGGCGCGGUGCGCGAGAUCUCGGGCUUCGCCACCACCUACCGGCAGAUGCUGACCGUGGAGCCCGGUGCCCCAGGCCUCGGGAACUGCCUCCGGCAGAGGCGUGGCUUCCACCACGAGCUUGUCGGCUUCCCAGGCUGCGUGGUCACCGAUGGCGUCGUUAACUUCUUCCUGGCGCGCACUGACAAGGUGCGCGAGGUCGGCUUCGAUCCGCGCCUCAGCCGCGUGGCACACCUGGAAUUCUUCCUGGAUGGUCUCGGUUCCCUUCGGGUUGGCUCCUGCUCCGACGUCGUAGUGGAUCAUGCAUCCAAGUUGAAGCUGCCUUGGGCUUCAAGGGAUGCCGGGGCAGAGACUUAUGCCCGGUAUCGUUACCCGGGAUCACUGGACGAAAGCCAAGUGGCCAAACACCGCUUGCUUUUCUUCAAACACCGGCUGCAGUGCAUGACCGCGGAGUGA